CCUAUCCAAACCUAAAAGUGUACAUAAGGAAUCCAAUAAGAGGAGCAUUUCUAUCUUCCCCUUCUCUAUGAUCCAUUCCAACUUCUUGUCUUCCCAUUCUAUGGUCAACAAAAGUAUUUGAUGAUUGAAAUCUAGCCUAGUAAAGACCUUUCACCCAAUUGCGUUCGGCAGCCACUUUGGACAUGAGAGCCAUUCAAGUCUUCCUUCCUCUUGUCAUGGCCAUGAUCCUUAUGGCUGUUCCACGGGCCUCUUCUGCGUUUAGCGGCCUCAGAGUAGAGCUAACCCAUGUGGAUUCCAAUGGCAACUUCUCCAAGUUUGAGCUGCUCCAACGAGCAGCACUUCGCAGCAGCCGCAGGAUGGCACGGUUGACGACCCGGGCCAUGAAAGCCGCGGCAUCUGCCAAUGAGGUCCAAGCUCCGGUCCAUGCCGGCAAUGGUGAGUUCCUCAUGGACUUGGCCAUCGGCACUCCGAGUCUUGCAUUCCCGGCCAUCAUUGACACCGGCAGCGACCUCAUAUGGACGCAGUGCAAGCCCUGCGACGAGUGCUUCAGCCAACCCACUCCCGUGUUCGAUCCAUCGAGCUCGUCGACCUACACGAACCUUCCAUGCUCGAGCAACCUGUGUCAGGCUCUUCCUACCUUCACGUGCGGUGCUUCCAGCUGCGAAUACCUGUACUCUUAUGGCGACUCCUCGUCGACUCAAGGUGUUCUCGCUAGCGAAACCUUUACCUUUGGGACUGAGAAUUCAACCGCAGUCUCUGGCGUCGCCUUUGGCUGCGGCGACACCAACCAAGGCAGUGGGUUCUCGCAGGGCUCCGGUCUCGUCGGACUCGGCCGAGGACCGUUGUCGUUGAUAUCACAACUCGACCUGGGGAAGUUCUCCUACUGCCUCACCUCCUUGGAUGAUUCAAAGAAGAGCCCCCUUCUGUUUGGCUCACUGGCUGAUCUCACCGCAAGUGCAGCUGCAAGUGCGAUCCAAUCCACACCACUGGUGCAGAACCCUAAACAUCCAGCCUUAUAUUAUCUCUCCCUGAAAGACAUCUCGGUUGGCGGAAACCGUCUACAGAUUCCGAGCUCGACCUUCGCGGUGCAAGAAGAUGGAUCCGGUGGCUUGAUCAUAGACUCCGGCACCUCCAUCACUUACCUGGAAGUGGGUGCGUACAGGAGGUUGAAGAAGGCGUUCCUGUCCCAGAUGCAGCUCCCAGUUGCCGAUGGUUCUGAGAUCGGUCUCGACUUGUGCUUCUUGGCCCCGUCGGCAUCGUCGUCGGUGGAGGUUCCAAAGCUGGUGUUCCACUUCGACGGUGCCGAUUUGCAUCUGCCGGCGGAGAACUACAUGAUCAUGGAUUCAAGCGACGGUUCGCUUUGCCUAACGAUCAUGCCGUCGAGUGGCUUGUCCAUCCUCGGCAACUUCCAGCAGCAGAAUCUACAGAUACUCUAUGAUCUGAAGAGUAAGAUGCUGUCGUUUGUUCCAAGCCAGUGUGACCAACUGUGAAUUGUUUGACUGAAGCCAUUUAUGUGUUUCUGUGAUUUACUUGACAUUUUUAAUAUCAUGUUUGAUGAAGUCAAUCAUUUGGUUUCAGAUA